GGUCACCACACGGAAACACGUACUGACAGUCCAGCCAAGGCACAGGCUAGCUCUUGCUUGCAAGCCUAGCUAUCUAGCGAGACACAUAGCUGUUUCAAUUUGCGUGUGACGCGCAUGGCGAAGGCGCAGGUGGCCGCGAGGUUCGUGACGGAGGUGGCGCCGCCGCAGCUGGUGUCGAUCAUGCGCCGGAGGAAGGUGCCGAGGAGCCUCGACACGAUCGCCGAGGACGACGAAAGGGAGCUGCAGCAGCUAGCCUGCAGCGACCCUCGCCAUCAGGCCGCUACCGCGGCGGCAUCUCUCAAGAGGGCAUCGCCGGCCGGCACCCGCACCGGCGGGUUCAUGAGGGAGCUCAGCAGCUGCUUCUCCAGCAACGUCGUCAACGGCCAAGCGGCCGGCGGCAGCUGGGAGGGCCGGCACAAAGGGCACGGCCGGCGAGACGUCUAUGCACACCAGCUGCAUGGAAACUAAUUAAGCUAACGAACAAGCUCUCGGUACUGAACUCUGGUGUCAUGCACACCAGCUGCAUGUUUGGUUAGCUAGCACCAUGCCGCCUCUCAUGUGUAAUGUGCUCCUUCCAAGCACAUUUUUCAUGCGUGGAUUGUUUGACUCGCAAGAUUGGAUUCUUUUGGGAACUUUCUUAUUAAUUCUUGUGUAUUUAACUUACCGAUUAGUUUGUGUCCACUCGAACCUCGUGUAACUAUUUCUUUGUUUUACUGUGGUGUAUCAAACACUAUUUUGUGUUAAUCAUGCAUUUUUGAAUCAACGACAUCACCUAACUAUUUAGUUGCCAAUGCAAACAUGGUGAAUUAUUAGUCAACA